CCUGGUGACGUCAGGCGAUCUGAGUGGAUGCUCUGGGUCGGGGUCUUUUCGGUGUGGCGGGCUCGGCGCUGUGGCGUCACUGCCGGCCGCCGAGCUGGGGGUGUUGAAGAUGGCGGCGUCGGCGGCGGUGGCGGCGGCCUCCGGGCGGAGGAAGAACAGCGGCGGCCCGGCCGUGCUGACCAGCAAGCGGGAGCCCAGCGUCAAGCUGCAGUACCCGGUGAGCGGCCCCGAGCCGCUGGGCUGGUCCGAGGACAACCGGCUCUCCAUCACCACCGGCAAAAACAUCUACGUGUUGGAGCAGAUCUGCGACAUCCACAACAACGGGCUGGACAUGGUGAUCCACCGCACGUCGGUGCCCGCCCCCAGCCGGAGCUGCUCCCUCAAGGUUGGCUCUCAAGCAGAAGUAAAUGAAUGCAAGGAGAAGUUCUUGAAUAAAAGAGAUCCAACACUAAGUCACUCACUGAUGAUGGACAGGAUCUUUAAUCCUGAAGGAGGUGCUUUGUCACCAUUACGAGGGUUUAAAUUUACCAGUUGGUCUCCCUUGGGUUGUGACCUAAAUGGAAGGUGUCUAUUGGCAUCUUUAACACUGGAUAAUAGACUGUCCAUUCAGGUGAAUGUGAAUAGGUUACAGUGGACACCAGCUUUAGAUAUUACAGAAGUGUACGGUGAGAUGCUGUAUGAGAACAAAUACGGGCAUUUGGAUGCAGACUUGGAUGGGGAAUUGAAGAAUUUCUCGGAAUUCCAAAGGAGACAUUAUAUGCAAACUCCUGUCAGAAUGGAAUGGUCCAGUAUUUGCAAUACCCAACGUGUAAAAGCCAACAAUGAGUGUGAAGAUGUGGGCACUGUUCUGUUGGCAGUUCUACUUGAAAAUGGUGAUGUCGUUAUCUGGCAGUUUUUGAUCCCAUUUCAUGGCAAAGAUUCUAUCAUUGCAUGCAGUACUAUUGAAUCGGGCAUUAAUGACCCAAGUGUUCUGUCAUGGUGGGAAUAUGAGCAUGGGAGUCGUAAAAUGAGUGGCUUGAUUGUUGGCAGCUCCAAAGGACCUGUUAAGAUUCUGCCAGUCAACUUAAAAGCAGUGAAAGGGUACUUCACUCUCAGACAACCAGUCAUUCUUUGGCAAGAGAUGGAUCAGUUACCUGUGCACAAUAUUAAAUGCAUAUCUCUCUCCCACCCGUAUCAGAAAUGUAGCUGCAGUUUGGUUGUAGCAGCCAGAGGAACGUAUGUUUUCUGGUGUCUGCUGUUGAUAUCCAAAGCAGGACUGAAUGUUCACAAUUCUCAUGUCACUGGCCUCCAUACACUUCCCAUUGUCUCUCUGACUGCGAACAAGCAAACUGGGAGUUUCUACACCUGCUCUGUCGAUGGAACCAUCCGAAAGUUGACGCCUGUCUUCACAGAUGUAGCAGUGAAGUUUGAUCAUGUUUUAAUCAAAUUGCCAGAAUCUAUUGGCUCAGUGAGGCUUCAUGGGAUCUGUCUCAGCCCCAAUGAUGCUUACUUAGCUCUCGUGACAGCAGAAGGUUUAAAUAAUGGCCUCCAUCCAGCCAGCCGCACGUACCAGGUGCAGUUUAUUACGUUAAAAACUCCAGAAGAAGCAGCGUCUAAAGUUUUGGAAUCUUCCAUCCACAAUUUAUUCAAACAAGUGGACUUGCUUGACCUUGUACGCUGGCGAAUAUUGACAGAGAAGCGUAUUCCUCCAGAACUCAAUGAAGCUUUAGACCACAAACUCCAGACAAAUCCAUCUAGCUAUCUAUGGAGGCUAAGACUUUUUCUCUUAAAGAUUUUGUAUCAGACCUUGCAGAAGACUCCAGCUGAAACACUUUGGAGACCAAAUCAUCCUGAGUCAAAGAUUCGGCUUUGUGAUAAUUCUGUAUUGUUAAAUGAGAAUAGUCGGCAGCCUGAUGAGGCAGAGACAAGUGCAAAAGAAGGUCAAUCAAGCAGAGUGAUUGGGAGUCGAGUGGAAGAUUUGCCAGAGGAUGCAAAAGUAGGCAAGUCUGAAGAAGAGAUUAGAGAGAGGAUUUUGAGGAAAUUGAAUGAGAUUCAAAAUAGGAUUGAAGAUGUGGAGCUCCACUUAACCCGUGAACACAUGAAAAGAGUCCUCGGUGAAGUGUACCUCCACACCUGGAUUACUGAGAAUACCAGUAUCCCAACCCGGGGUAUUUGUGACUUUUUGACCUCUGAUCCCAGCUAUGAUGAUAGGACAGCUAAGGUUUUGAUUUCUCAUAAUUUGAAGAAAUUGACCAAGCAGACGUUUCCUGAGCACUGCUCUCUCUGUAAAGAGGUUCUACCGUUUACUGAUCGGCGCAAGGCGGUCUGCCCCAAUGGACACAGUUGGCACAGAUGUGUUUUGACAUACCAUGCUUGCCAGAGUCUGACCUAUCGCAGAUGUCUGCUACAAGACAGCAUUGCUCGACAACAGUUGCCCUCGGAUCCUGACUGGAUAAAGCGCCUGCUUCAGAGUCCUUGUACAUACUGUGACUCUCCUCUCUUCUGACAAGGUUUCACAUUAGUGGACAAAGGGAGAUCAGUGUCUUAAAUUGCAUCGAGAAGAUAAUGCUUAAAAUACCUCCCCUCCUCUUGAGAGUAUUGGCUUAUUCGAUAGUGGCAUUGUCUUCUAUCCGAAGGCAUUUGGAGAUGCAGCUUCGUGCUCUUUGGGGCACUGAAGGAAAAAGUGGAGGAUUCUUGGCAUCUUUCCACCAUGUUCAUGAAUUUCAGGGGCACUGGCAAAGGACACAGCCUUUCUCAUCCACUUGUGUUAUUCUUCAGGAGUAGAAGAUGUAUGUAAAUUAUUGCUGCAGUCAGAGAAAAGUGCAGUAGAUUGAGACAAUUUCAAGUACAGGUCAGUAAAUGAACAACAAAGAAAGUAUCUGAAGUAAAAUUGAAUGGGUGAAGUUUGUCUGUUUGGAUCAAGUUUUCACUUAAUUAAAAUAACUGAGUUCAUCUAUUACAAUUUUCUGAAAAACACUUGCUUUUGUAUCUGCAGGAACUGUUACACCAGAUCUAGAAACUGUCUUUGGGAACAAUACAAAAAGGAAGCUUUUUAUACUAUUUUGCCAUUAGAGGUUUUGAGUAAAAUGUGAUGCGUGUUGGAAAUUGUCCUCAAUCCAAGGUUGCAAGUUCCAGUACAAGUCUCUUCUGAUUAUUGAGGAAUGGCACAAAUAUCAGGCUUUGGAACUGCAAUUGAGGACCGGGGUGGGGUAGGAUGGUGUGGCAAGGGGUUUGUGCUAGAAUUUGACAAGUAGCAGUAAAGUGAGCCUGUGUUUAAAGGUUAGCCUGGGAAAAAUGAAACACAACACACUAUUUGCCUUCAGAGGAUCUGUACCUGACACUGAGGCCAGUUGGUCACUAGCUUGGAAGGGUCCAUUAGACUUUGUUCGUCUGUCUUCAAUUAAUGUAUGUUUUCAUAUUUUAAAGUUUUUUAUUUUAAUUUUUAUUUGAUAGCUUUUUCGAAAUCAAACCCAGCACUUGAUUUCAAGAUUGCAGCCAUUGCGUACCUUUAUGAACGCAAUUUAAGACUUCUUAAACUACUUUUUGUAUGAUAAAAAUUUGUUUUCUCAAUAAAUCUGUUACUGUUUGGAUAAAAUGUAUCCACUUGUAAAAUAUAAGUGAAAGUCUUGGGCAUCCUGUAUUUUUUCUUAAAAUUAUGGCAAUAAUGAUAUUGCUGUUUUUCAUGAUGUCAAACAAUGCCACUCAUUUUGAAGAGAAAAAUGUGACUUGCACAGCCUUCCUUUUUGGAAGGACAAAGGAUUGAUGGGUAUUACUUCUGUAAAUGACUUCUUACCCCGUCUGCUCUCAUUAUAUCAUUAAUAGAUUCAUGGAUUUCAGAAGCCAUACCUCCUGAAUGGAUAACUGUUACUCAUUCCGCUCUAAAGUUGGCCCACUUCCAAAUGUGGCCUCUCUGUAAGAACAAACCAACCAAAAACUGGAAGAUUUCUGAGAAUGAAGCUCAUUUUAGAAAACCUCUGUCUCCACAACAUGUUCAACUGCAUCAAUGUGUAUUUGUUACUUUGAUGUGCCUUGGGUCCCAUUUUAAAUUUAAUCACAUUACACAUUUUAGAAACAAAAACAGCCUUAAUCUCUCUGUCUCAAAGGAAUGAAGUGGAAAUAAGGAAUCUGCUAUUGGUUCUUCAUGUUAGCCUAAGG